CAUAUACAUACAUACAUACCAAACAUAUGUAGUGUGCAGUGAACGAAUAGAUUGCGAGGGCGAUAAGCGUAACACAAUGCACAUCAGAUGUCAGAGGAAGUCAGUAUGAAGCUUCUGUAUGAUGUCAUUUAAAUUUGCAACUUAACAAUCAUUAUCGGUUAAUAAUUUGACGUAAUCGAUAAUUUUCGGGUAAAGUUUGACAAUCGAAACAAGAGCGGCGCGCAGUAGUGGGUUAGCAAAAAUUCGAAUCGAUAUCAAUAGUGCGGAACAAUGACAAUAAUUAGUAGUGUGCGGAAUUCAUGAAUCGUAAUACAUAGUUGCGUAUUAUGUUUCGUACAUGGUCGUAGUUAUAUAGAACACACGUGUAAAUGCAGAAUUCGUGUUAGGUUAUGCGGUAUUUUUAUUAUCGAUUGACUUCACGUUUAUGCGCCAACCGUUCGUUAACCAUCGGAUUCACGAACGCGAAUGUUGUUAAAUAUUUGUUAUUCGUUUCUAUCGUGUUUAUAUAGAUGUUACGAUAUUAACUGUACGUUGACAGAGUAAAAAUCAACAAUGGUUUUCGAAUCAAUCGUUACUGAACUCCUAAACAAGGUGUUGGGAGAGUAUAUACAAAAUUUGGAUUACACGCAGCUAAAAGUCAGUCUAUGGGGUGGGGAUGUUGUGUUAAAUGAUUUAUUAAUAAAAGAAACUGCAUUGGAUGUGCUGGAUUUACCUAUAAGAUUAGGAUAUGGGAGACUAGGCAAACUUAUAUUAAAAAUACCAUUCAAAGACAUGUGGAAUGGUCAAAUUGAUGCGAUAGUUGAAGAAUUGUUUCUGCUCAUAGUACCAACAAGUCAAGUUGCGUACGAUGCAGAGAAAGAAAGCAAAGUUCAGCUUGAAGCUAAAAGGGCAGAGCUUGCAAGAGUUGAGAAAACAAAGCAGCUGGCGGAUACUAAAUUACAAGAAAAAUUAGAUGAUUCGAUGGUUGAAAAGCUCAUCGCCCGUAUGAUAAAAAAUAUACAUGUCGAAAUUAAAAGGAUACAUGUACGAUAUGAGGACCAUGUAUCUUUUAAAGAUCAUCCAUUUUCAGUUGGUUUUACACUUGAUAAAUUCAUUUUAGAAAGUUGUACAGAUUCUUGGAAAACAGUUGGUAACAUGAAAGAUAUGUAUGCCAUACCACAAAUUUAUAAGUUGUGCACAUUGGAUGGAUUAGCUGUGUAUCUCAAUACUACCACUGAACAGUUUAGUAACAAAACACAAGCAAACUACACUGAUCUUUUUUGUAGUGGCAUUGCAACUACAGACUAUAACCCUCCUGGUUACCAAUAUUUGUUGGGCCCAAUAAACGUGAACGCAAAAUUAAAGUUAAAUCCGAAGCCGGAAACAGACGGCAGUAAUUACACUAUUCCCAAGGUGUGGGUGGACUUGGAAAUGCAAAAAUUGAGGAUAGGACUAACGAAGAAACAGUAUCACACCCUUGUACAAUUAGGCGAAGGUCUAGAUCAAGCUCAGAGAGCAGCGCCAUAUAGAAAGUAUAGGCCGAAUUUAACAUCAUACAGAGGACACUAUAAAGAAUGGUGGCAUUUCACUUAUAUUUGUGUCCUGGAAGAAACAGUACGCAGAAAUCGUAGGAAUUGGGACUGGAAUCACAUGAAAGAGCACAGAGAUCUAUGUCGCGAAUAUGCAGAGGUGUAUCAGACAAAAUUAACAGUUAAGAAAGUUGCACGGGAGAUAGAAGAUCGCCUCACAGAGUGCGAAAAAAGAUUGGACAUCUUUAACUUGGUGAUCAUUAGGCAGCAAAUCGAAAUGGAAGUAGAAAGAUUGGCAGAAAAGGAAAAGAGUCUGAAGGCGAAGCGUGGAUGGUUUGGAUUCCUCUGGUCUUCUUCGCAAGCGGAGGAAGCUGAAGACUUAAAUUCGGCGGCAGCAAUAAUGCGAAAAUUCGAGCAGGCGAUGACACAACAAGAAAAAGAGAAAUUAUACAGAGCGAUUGAUUACCAAGAAAACAGUGCACCAACUCAUUAUCCUGAAACAUUCGUGAUGAUAGACACCCGGUUCCUUCUCCACGAACUUCAGAUAAUAUUUUUAGACACAGACAAAGAUUACCCGUGUAUAUUGGAUCUUCAACUUCACGUUGUUGAAGCUGUCUUCAAUUCGAGACCAUCCGCAAAUGCUAUAUUAGUUACAGCGUCGAUCAAUGAAAUGAAGCUUCUGGGAACGAAACAGAAUGAUCACGUCCCUUCGCUUUUCAAUUCUCAUGAACACAGUGCAGAACAAGUUUUAAUAUAUGUAUCGUACGAAAAAAAUCCUUUGGAUAAGUUAUGCGGCGAUCGUGUUAUAGUGAGGUCGACAUCGGUGGACAUUAUUUACGAUGCACAAACUGUGAUAGAAUUAGUUAAUUUGUUUAAAGUACAAAACUCUUCGACUCUAAAUCAGCUUCAAGCGGCUGCUGCAGAGCAGCUUGAGGGUUUUAAGGAAAUGUCGGCACUUGGCUUAGAACACGCCAUUCAGAAGCAUUCAGUAUUAGAUAUACAGGUCGACAUGCAGGCGUCACAGUUGAUCAUUCCGCACGGUGGAUUUUACAACAGCACAAAGUCAUUGUUAGUAGUUAAUCUUGGUAGCUUAAAGAUACACUCGUUAGAGAAGCCAAAAGAGGAUAAGUCAAAUGUGUCUGUUAAACAGUUGAUCAGCAUGGGUAAAAGCGAAGAGGACGUUCUGUUGCAUCUCAGAGAGCACAGUUAUGACAAAUUUGUUCUGAAAAUAGUUAACGUUCAAGUAAUAGUUUCCCUUCCGGGUGAAGAAUGGCGCACAAUUUUAUCAACUGUUCACGACUCUAUGACAUUAUUGCAUCCAACCACGCUUGAAAUACAAUUUCACAAAUGCUUGAUCACCGAUGAUCCUCUGCUUCCGAAGCUGAGGCUUAUCGGUCAAUUACCAUCGCUCGUAAUCAAUAUCACCGACAAUCGCUUGUUGGAAGUACUGUCUAUCGCUCAGAGCAUGCCAUUGCCGAAAGAGGAAGAACCGACGGAACUUCGGAAAUCCGCACUUAGCAAAUCUACUUCUCAACUGUCUCUGUUCAAAGAGCUGGCGACCAUUUCCACUAUUUCCGAGAAGAAGAAAGAAGAAGUCAAGACCGUUAAGCAAACCAUCGAUUUAGAAAUGAAAUUUGUCAUGAAAGAAUUUGCGCUGCUGGUUUCGUCCCAAAAAGACGAUGCGAUAACGCCGUUUAUAAAAUUCGAGAUACUGCAAGUGGAAGCCGAAAUGGUGCAGCGAACGUACGACCAAGAGAUAUUGUUAAGAUUGGGCGGUGUUCAAGUGAAACAACACCAUAACGAAGCGGAAAUAUUUAUGGUGAACACGCCUAUGACGUCUGGUAAAAACGAGUACCUAAUAACAAUGCAAUAUAUAAACGUGAACAAGCGAUCCCCAGAUUUCACAACGAGACACGGAUCCGUUAUUAAAUUGUUGAAGCUAGAAUUCACGACGUUGGACGUUUUACUACAUCAGGAAGCGUUGAUAAGUCUUCUACGGUUUGCAACGUACAUGCAAGAUCAAAUGAAUUUGGUAACAAAAAGUGUGGCGGAUGUAGAACAACAUCCAGUACGUCCAAAAGUAAGCCAUUUGACCUCCAUUCAAGAGGAAACGUCUACUUUCUUUAGGGAACAAAUCCAAAGACAGAAGCUUCGAUCAACGCGUAGAAAGAGAACAAUGAUCGAACAUAUAGAUUUGAAGAUUCAGACUAAGGUUGGAACUAUUCGUAUGAAGAUGGUUAGUGAAUGCAAAGAGAUCACUGCAUUUUACGUUGAUGGGAUCACGGUAGGAUUUAUAAUGAAAGCUUCUUAUUCUCAAGCGAACGUUAAUUUAUCCUCCAUCAGUAUUAUAGACCUUAAUGCUGCGUCAGCUUACAGAGACAUUGUAUCGGUAACGGAGAACACCGAAUCUUUGCAAGUUCAGAUUAUAAUGUAUAAUAUCGAGCCAUCAGAGAUCGACAAAAAUAAUAUGUCUAUUACUGUACUGAUGGGCUGCUAUCGCAUCGUCUUCUUAAAUAUGUUUCUCGCCAGUAUAAUGAGUUUCUUAAAUAACUUCCAAGCCGCGCAACAAGCUAUAAAGAAUGCAUCAGCUGCAGCUGCGGAAGCUGCAAAAACAAACAUUAAAGAUGUACAGGAAAGUGCAACACGCAUUGGGCUUGCAGUAAAAAUUAAGGCUCCUGUUAUAUAUGUACCGAUGCAUUCGAAGAGCAAUCAUUGUUUAACGCUGGACAUGGGUAAUCUCACUGUCUGCAACGUAUUUAAAAAAUUGGAGGUCACAAAUGAGGCAGGAGAUUGUCCAAUUGUCGAUGAAAUGAAGAUCGAGUUGCAAAACUUGAAAUUAUCUAGGGUGAAGUUGAACAUGGACCAAUUUACGGUUGAGAAUGAAAUAUUGCUGCUAGAACCAGUUAGUUUCACGUUACUUAUUAAACGCAAUUUAUCAACCGAUUGGUUUAUUUCUAUUCCGGAUAUCGACAUGUCUGGCAGAUUAAAUAAAAUUAACCUGCUGAUUAGUAAGGAAGAUUACGUGACUGCGCUCAAAGUAUUAGAAGAGAACUUAGGUGAGAAGGUCGAAGAAACGAAACCUAUUCAAGGUAGUGUACAAACUGACAAGAAGCUUGAGGUCGAAGUUCAGCAUCAUCAAAGUGAUAAACUUGAAAUGACUGCCGCAACAGGAGCUGAAAGUAUAGAGUUUCAGGAACAAGUACAUGCACAUACGUCCAUUAAAUUUGAAUUUAUCAUGGAUAGUCUUGUAAUUAAUUUAUAUACCGGCGGUUCUAAAAUGCUACGAUCUGAAAGUUCCCUGUUACAUCUACCAGAGAAUGGAUUGGCAAAGUUUUGUUUAACUCAUUUUGCACUGAAAGGUAGAAUAUUUGCCGACGGUUUAAUGGCAACUUCGAUUCUCCUUAUGAACUGUACUUUAGAUGACACACGCCACAGUAGACAAGGUUCUCUGAUUAGAAUCAUGGAAAGAACAAUGACUCUACCCACUAUGAAUGAAGUGGAAGUAGAGUCUAAAUCGGUUCGCAGUAUGUUAGACAUGACCAUUAAACAAAGCUUAAAUGAUAUCUUUGUCGAUGUCAAAGUUUUCUCCUUUAGUAUAAUCGUAUCCCUUGAUUACUUAAUGAAACUUAAGGAUUUCUUUACCACCGAGGAGGAGGCAUCGAUAAGUAAACCAACAUACCAAGGAGUAGCAAAGAAAAAACAUACUCCUGCCGCACCAAAUAAAACAAUGUUCACUAUUAAUCUGCACAUCGAGAAGCCGGAUAUUAUAUUACUCGAAGACAUGGAUGACAUCAAUUCAAAUUGCCUCAUAUUGAAUACUGAACUGAUCUUAAAAGUACGAUUAAUGGGUGAACACCAAGUGAUAACUGGUUCUAUAAAAGAUUUGUCGAUUCUGGCUGGUAUAUACAAUCCAGCGAAGAGGAAUGACUGGAUAUAUCAGGUUCUAAGACCAUGCAGUAUUAGCGUAGCUGGCUCUACACCAGAAGGGAAAGGUCUUCAUAUAGAUGUUUGUUGUACCGAUAUUCACGUAUCGGUGUCACCAGGUGUGAUAGAAAUAUUAAAUAAAGUUGUCCACACUGUUACGAAAACGGAAGUAAAAGAUCAAGAAGAGGAUCAGAUUUCUGAACCAAAUUGUCAAGGAUUGUGGAUUAUAACACCAUACGAGGAGGGUGAUUUUUGGUUCCUCAAAACAGAAUUCGGGGUAGAAGCUUUAGAGGAUUUUGUAUAUUCUGACGACGAGGUUACUGCAGAUUACAAACCAGAACUGGCAAUAAUUUCUGCACCAACGAUUUUAUUCACAUUAGAGGCAGGUGUUGGCAAUAAAACCCUACCCAUGCUUUUGCUUCAUAUUGGAUUUCAAAGCAAUAUCAAUGAUUGGAGCUCGAAGUCGAUGAAUGUGGAAGCUACGAUGUCGUUGAUUAUGGCAUAUUAUAAUAGUUGCCUUGCUUUGUGGGAACCCUUAAUCGAGCCUGUAGAGGGAAUGAAGAAUGGAAAACGUAUUUCUACGCCAUGGGAAUUGAAAACAAAAGUACAAUUUAAUGAAAUCGCGAUAGGCUCUAGAGGAGCUAGCAUAGCAAGUCCAACUUCUGAGAAUGAACCGGACGAAUGGCACCAAACAGCGAAAAUGUCUAUUGAUAUAGAGUCUUCGGAAAAUCUGGAAAUAACCGUGACCAAAACUUGUCUGGACGUGCUCAAGCAGCUUGGCAAUGCAUUCUCAUCUGCGAUGACUGCUGGUGAAAAAGGAACUGCUAAAAACCUUGCACCAUAUGUGCUGAAAAACGAAACCGGUUUGGCUAUGGUUUUAGAUUUAGAACGCAGUCACUUUAAGGUAUUUGAUGAUAGGUCAAAAGUAACAGGAGAAAAAACUGACUCAUACAUGGAAGUAAUCCUUGAGACUGGCGCAUCAGUGGAACUUGCUUCUAAAACAACGAAAAUUGAAACGCCCCUGUUGGAUCAACUGAAGGCUGAUUCGAUUAAAGAAAAAGAAGAUGAUAAAUUCGUUAUUUCGUUUAAAGAAAUCGGCUGCACAUUGGCUAUACCGGUUCUAAGAGCCGACAAGAGGUUCUUUUCUUUGAGAUAUCGAAAGGAAAGUUCUGAAGAAUGGGGAAUCGUAUCUGAUGUUUUAGUGGAUGAAGGGAGCACUAUUGUAACUCUUCGAAGUAUUCUACAGGUGCACAAUCAUUUCAGUGACCCAAUAUCUGUAUAUUACAUGACUAGACGUGGAAAUGAAGUUGAAUGUGUGGGCACUGUCGCUCCAGAUAGCAAAUUGAAUCUUCCAUUAGACGCAGUGUACACUCCAACGAACACUUAUUGGCUAUUUUUCAGCGUUGACAAGUAUAUGGUGUCGAUAGAACCAUUCGUUUGGAAAGAUUUGCAAAAGACAGUGUCUAUGACAAAACUUCUAAAAUGUGAAAGCCGCACGAAGCAGGAAAUAGUAGAACCGUUCUACAUAAAGAUGUUUUGCGUGAUGAUUGUGGUUGGUAGUAUUUUAUAUAAUAACAACACUGUUGGCUUAUUAUUUGAUGCUAUUAACUGGCGAUCCAUAUUCUGUCAUUUCGUUGAUUAUAUCAAGCGUUUUUGCUUGAAAAGUUUACCUUCCGAACACCCAAAAUAUGUGAAAGCACCUAUUCAGGUUGUAGGAGAAAUAGAACAGGUCUACUUUGAGAACACGAGUCGACAUACGAUGGCUAGUACUAUUUACAAUGUUCAUUUGUAUCCAUCUGUGUACUUGAAAAAUUUCCUCCCUAUUGACAUUAUUGUGUCCAUUCCUGGGACUUUCCAAGAUAAGUUAUUGGAUGCAGGUACAUCAUAUCAAAUUCCUACAAUCGAUCCUGGAAAAUCUCACAUAGUUAUCAAGCUACCAAAUUAUUUAGAGAAAGACUGGUCAUGCAGAGGCGAAAUACUUGCAAACCCGCCAGAAUUCUCAGUCUGGUCCUUCGAAUCAUUCGAUAGUGCACAAAAAGUUAUAAUGGAUUUGGGAAUGCACACAUCCUACAAACAUGGAUCUAUCGUUAUGGCAUUAUACUGUCCAUUUUGGAUGUUGAAUAAAACAGGUUUAAUGUUGUCUUAUCGGAAAUCAAGUAAGGGUGGCAAAGAACACUCAAGUCCAACCAAGAAUUUGCUUUGUGUCAGGAAACCCCAUCGACAACGUGCAGAGUACAGGAAGAAGAAAGCACGUUCGAGCGGAGAUGACUAUUUAAAUGUAUUGUACCACCCAGAAAAUUUCAAAGGACCCAUACUAUUCUCAUUCCGCUCGAAAGUAUUCUUUGGUAAAAAAAAGGCAAUGAUCAGAGUGGAAGAUGGAGAAUGGUCUGAUAAGUUUCCAAUCGACACUGCUGGAAGCGAGGGAAUGGUUGCUUGCAAAUAUAAUGGGUUGACAUACCAGAUCGGAGUUCACAACCAACUGACCUAUAAUUCUUUAACAAAGCAGAUUACAUUUACACCGUACUAUGUAAUUAUAAAUAAUUCUAAUUUCCUUAUCGAAUGUCAAGAAGGUGAUAGACCAGCCGAUCCGAUGUUCAAGAUUCCUCCCGGUGAAUGUACAUCUCUUUGGCCUCGUUCUGAAACUGAACAAAAAACAUUAAGAGCUAAGAUUGUAGAUGAACCUGAAACAACUGCACCAUUCAUUUACACCGAGAGCCAUACAACUUUACUAAAAUUAGAUAAUAAGUAUGGUGGCAUCAACGUGGACAUACAAGUCAGCGAAGGCGGAGUUUACAUUUCUCUAUCCGUUUACACUUAUGGAAAUGCUCCAGCGUUAAUCAUUAAUCACACAUCUCACACCAUUCAAUUCUGGGAAAAGGGUUCGCUGAAUGUAAGAUCUGUACAGUCAUACAAUAAAAUGUUUUACACUUGGGAGAAUCCUGCAGGUCCAAAGAAGAUAGUAUGGGAGGACAAUAAUAAAAAGGAAAUUGAAGACACCCUGAGAAAGGACACUUUAGGUGCUUUCCAACUGCCAGAUCUAGAGGAAGAAAUAUUUUAUGUAUCAUUCUUGGAUGGUACUCAACGAGUACUUCUAUUUACGUCGAACAUGAAGAUUGCAGAGGACUGUCAAUUGGCCGGUGACUUCGAAACGAUAGAACAAGAAGUGACAAUAAGUAUUCACGGAGUUGGACUGUCGCUUGUGAACAACAUAACGAAAUCAGAACUACUGUACAUGUGUAUAGCUAGUUCUGGAAUCAUUUGGGAAACAAGUAAAUCUGCGGCCCAUCGCUGGCGAGGUCUUAACACAAACGAGGUGAACAUAAUCGAAGAAGGCUACCAGAAAUAUAUUCGAGAAUUGCAAAUAGGAAAAGACCCGUCGCAGAAACUAAUACUCGAACCAAAACUAGAGAUUGAUUACAUGAACAUGGAAAUGUUGAAACCGCACCGUAGACUUCUGCGACGAACCUUCCAAACAGGGCUAUGGUUGCAAUACCGAACUUCGAUGCAUCAAGUGCAACUGCACGCAAAGAUCAACAGACUCCAAGUAGACAACCAACUCACAGAUUGUGUUUUCCCAGUCAUCUUAGCCCCUGUACCACCUCCAAAGAGUGUCACUCAAAGUACCGUCAUGAAACCGUUUGCUGAACUCAGUAUGGUCAAACGGUUAUUAGAGCACAGCAGUGUACAACAGUUCCGAUACUUCAAAGUUCUCAUACAGGAAUUCCAUGUGAAAGUGGAUAUCGUAUUCAUUAAUGCAAUAAUGGGAUUGUUGGAGGCAAAUGAAGUAAACGAUACAGAAGAAAUUGAAUUAUUUAAGAUAGAUAUGAAACUAGUUGACAAGCCGUUGAUGUACCACGUCAGCCUAAUUACAACAGCGGAACAGAAGAACUUCUUUGAUUUGCUUCAUUUCUCUCCGCUGAAGAUACACAUAAGUUUUUCAAUGUCUGGGAGUAGCAGUGGACCAUCGGCAGUGCCUCAAGUAUUAAACGUGUUAUUGCAAGGGAUUGGUGUUACAUUGACAGACAUCAACGACAUUGUUUUCAAAUUAGCAUACUUCGAAAGGGAUUACACUUUCAUGACCACUAAACAACUAAUUUCUGAAGCAACAGUGCAUUACGUAGGCCAAGCGAUCAAACAAGCCUAUGUCCUCGUUUUAGGACUCGACGUGAUCGGCAAUCCUUACGGGCUUGUAAUUGGUACUGUGAAAGGAAUCGAGGACCUGUUUUAUGAACCCUUUCAAGGUGCUAUACAAGGACCUGGAGAAUUUGCAGAAGGACUAUUUCUUGGUGUAAGAAGUAUGCUAGGUCACACCGUUGGCGGAAUGGCUGGAGCCGUUUCAAAAAUUACCGGAGCCAUGGGCAAAGGUCUAGCUGCUCUUACGUUCGACAAGGAUUAUCAAAGGAAACGACAGGAACAAUUGAACAAACAACCCUCUAACUUGCAAGAAGGUCUCGCUCGGAGUGGUAAAGGUUUAGUAAUGGGGGUGUUUGAUGGCGUAACUGGCGUCGUAAUGAAGCCUAUAUCGGGCGCCAAAGAAGAAGGGGUGGAAGGCUUUUUCAAAGGAUUCGGAAAGGGUGUCGUAGGUCUCGUUACUAGACCAACUGCUGGCGUUAUAGACUUUGCUAGCGGAUCGCUAGGAGCAGUGAAACGAGCAACAGAACUAAAUGAAGAAGUAAAGAGGGUGAGACCACCGAGAUUUUUCCAGCCAGACAAUUUAGUCAGGCCGUACAUAAGAGAACGAGCUGAGGGACAUAAAAUUCUAACUGAAUUAGAAAAAGGAAAAUAUUCAACCACGGAUAUUUAUUUCUACCAUGCGUACAUUUUUAAAGAUGUAAUUUUACUCACGGACAAGAGGAUAGCAUACUUGGAACAUUGUGAUUUAUUUGGUGGAUGGAGGGUGGACUGGACUUAUACAUGGCAAGAAAUUGGUGAACUGCCAAAAUUAGUCGACAGAGGUAUUCAAAUUACUAUUAAAGACGUCACUAAGAGGAGAAAGCUUGGAAAAAUAUUUGGUAGCGCAGAUCAAUCAAAAAUACUUUUAAUACAGGAUCCCACAGUGCGACAGAUUUUGUUCAGUAAGAUCGAAAAGCAAAUUACACAAUGCGGUCUAUAACGGCGAAAAAAAAUUGAAGAAAAAGUCAGAUAUGCCGCAUAAUUGAAUAUUUAAGUAAAAUCCAUUAAACUAAUAGUGCCUGGCAUUCUAAACACAUAGUAAGCUUAGCAAACAAAACUUCGUGGAUCUACAUAUUAUAAAAAAAAGGUUUUUCUACAAACACUGUUUACAAGACUGAUGUUCAAUCGGAAUCAUCCGAGAUUAGAAGAGAGUCAGUAUGUAGUACCUUUAUUCUUGUUACAAUCACAUGUUGGUUGAGAAUUUCUAUAUUUUUAAUGUCUAUUGUUAGUUUUUUUUUAUCGCACACUGUGCUGGUCUUAAAUUCUAAUCUGUGUUGCACAGCAUGAAACCAUCAUUGUUGUACUAUUCUUUAUUGCUGAGUGUACUACAAACACUUAACAGAGGCAUAUAUAUAUAUAUUAUACGAUUCAGCAGCGAUGUAAAUAUUAAACGAGAAGUGCAUAAGAAUGUAAUUUACGCACACGCUAAAUUCGAUUAUACUUCCGUAGGUACCUGUCUAAUUGUGUUAACAUUAUAUUAUAUGUGUACAGAAUGAAUUGAAGUACUUUUACGUACACAGUACUAUUUAAUAUUUGAUACAGUUUAUUACUUGUUACUUGGCCAUUCAUUCGGUCAGUUGCGUAUCAUAUUUAUGUCGGUCAUGUUUUCUACAUUGUAUGCUACAUACCGUGCCCUUGGUAAUAGACUGCACGACGCAAAUGAUCUAAAAAGUGACUCGUUAUAUCUUCUUCCACAGCUUGUAAAAUUUAGAAUACCUCAUCAUACAAAAAAAGAUACACACACAUAGCUGUAUUAUUACGUAUUGUUUGUAUAAAUGAAAUGUACUAUACGAUGAUAAUUAAAAGGCUUUUUGCUUUCUAUUAA